CCUACCUGUGCACCUCGACACUUUAGCCAUUAAGCAAACACGAGUGUGUGAGGUGACGGCGGCUCCACGCACAGGGACAUGCUCUCACUGAAUUAAAACACACGCCUCGGGGAGAAGCGUGGCUCCAGUGCACAGGACAGCCCCGUAAGUCUGCGUCUCACACGGAUUCACACGGGCUCUACGAGCGGGUGCUAACGCUAGCUUACCGUUAGCACAACACGGCUAGCGGCUAGCUGUACUGAGUGUCGCCGGCUGCAGGCACGACUAGCACGGCUCUCACCGGGAGAUACAGCGCGGUAGCGAAACAGUUCACAUGCUCAGUUAGCUUAGCUUAGCCCGGGCUUGUUGUUUCUCUAACAGUAAUGGGAGAGUGGUCAUAUACAUGCUAUAUUUUAUGUGGUCUGCUAACUCAUAUUAGCACAACUGGCUAGCUGGUCAGCGCUAACCUGACAGCUUCCAAUGCUAGCCAGCUAACUCUAUGCUAAGUGGACUGAUAACUGGCCCUAGGGAGCAGUGGUUUAAAAGGCUGAGCUUUGCCGUUUCACGUUCGUUUCACAGGCAGCCAUGUCAGGCGUGAAAAGGAAGAUAGAAGGCAACGACCCCGACUAUGAGGACGUCUCCCUGGUCCAGAGCAGCAAGAGAAACAAAGCGGCUGAACACGAUGCCCGAGAAGCAGCGGUGCAGAAGAUCGAGACCAUCAUCAGAGAGCAGUUCUCUCUGGAGAUGAAGAGCAAAGAGCACGAGAUAGAUGUGAUCAGUCAGCGACUCAAUGAAGCCAGGAGGAUGAUGGACAAGUUAAGGGCAUGCAUAGUUGCUAAUUACUAUGCCAACGCUGGGAUAACAAAGCUCCCAGAGCAUGCGUCUAAGAGUGACUCUGCAGUGCUGAACCAUCCGGCCAUCCGCCGCUUCCUGGAGUCCCCAUCCCGGUCCUCCUCCCCUCUCAACCAGGGCUCCGAGACGCCCUCUCUGGCCCACUCAGAGUCCGAGUCCCUCUCACAGCAAGGAGAGGGAUCCGAGAGGGAUGUGGAGGGAGCGUGGAAAGAGGAAAGCAGCAGGCACGAGCGCAGACCCGGGCGUAAUACAGGCAAAGACACUUUUGGUGUGCCGUCAACUGUUGGAGCAGAUCAGAGGGUGAUCUACCACACGACCGGAGACGAGGCCUCUAGACUGUAUGCAAAGAAGACCAUUGUAGUGGGGAAUGUGUCCAAAUACAUUCCCCCCGACAAACGCGAGGAGAAUGACCAGUCGACUCAUAAGUGGAUGGUGUACGUCAGAGGCUCCAGGAGGGAACCCAGCAUAGACCACUUUGUAAAGAAAGUCUGGUUCUUCUUGCACCCCAGCUACAAACCUAAUGACCUCGUGGAAGUCAGUGAGCCUCCCUUUCAUUUAACACGUCGUGGCUGGGGUGAGUUUCCUGUGCGGAUCCAGAUCCACUUCAACGACCCUCGCAACAAACGCAUCGACAUCAUCCAUCAGCUAAAGCUGGACAGAACAUAUACGGGGCUGCAGACACUGGGGGCAGAAACUGUGGUGGAUGUGGAGCUUCUCAGGAACUCCCUUGGGCAGGACUACAUCCCUCAGCCUGCUUCAUCCAAGGUGAUACACAGAGCGGCCAGCCCCACGUCCACCUCCUCCCUGACCCAAAGUCACGGACGCCCCAGUUCGCCCGUGUCACAUGAUCCCAUCAUAGACAAAGGUUUCAUUAAAACAGAGAUGGGGAGACAUGCUCACAGCUCAGCACAUGCAGCCGGUGAGCGCACCCCGACCCGACCAAAAGCCAGUGACAGGAUCACCCUGGGUUCCCAUAGCAACUCCGCCUUCCAGCCUAUCACGGCAAGCUGUAAGAUUGUCCCUCAAGGACAGCCGCCCAGUCCUGCUGAGUCUCCUGGGAAAUCGUUCCAACCAAUCACCAUGAGCUGCAAAAUAGUUUCAGGAUCUCCCAUCUCCACCCCAAGCCACUCCCCACUGCCGCGCACACCCACCACCUCCACCCCUGUCCACAGCAAGCAGAACUCUUCGUCGGUUCUCAACAACCCUUAUAUCAUUGUUGACAAGCCAGGCCAGGUGAUCGGCAUGGCUUCCUCAUCCUCCACCUCCACAGGAAGCCCCUCGGCUAAACAAUCUGCUGCUCAAGGCACUCGUUCUCCAGCCCCUAAAGUUCACACAGGCACCUUCCUCUCCUCAGGGGUGAAGGUUAUUAUCAAGCAAGAGCCCGGGGAAGUUUCAACACAGCAGCAGCAAAUGGUUUCCACAGUAACCAGCCAGCAGCAACCUGCUGCUACAGCAGCUCACCAGUUUGUCGCAGUGAAGGGAGGUCACAUGAUCUCAAUGUCAACCCAGAAACAGACAGGAGGGGCCACAGGGGCCACAUCUAGCAAGAUGUUAGGUAUUCCUGUUACCUCAACACUUCAGUCCGCAGUCAAACAAGUGGCUAUCAGCAGUGGACAGAUUCUGGUCGCCAAGGGCAACCCCUCUGUCUCCAAGGUGAUGGGUGGGAAGCAGGUUUUGGCUCAGGGUGUCGCUAAAGCCAUUGUAAGUGGAGCCAGUGGCAUCUCUGGUCAGCAGGCUGCUGCCAAGGCGGCUGGAGGUUCAGGAGGCAAGAGCGGAGUAAUGGCUACUCUUCAGCUGCCAGCUAACAACUUGGCCAAUCUGGCCAAUUUGCCUCCAGGCACCAAACUCUACUUGACCACCAACAGUAAGAACCCGUCAGGAAAGGGAAAGCUGCUCCUCAUUCCGCAGGGAGCUAUCCUCCGAGCCUCCAGUGCCAGUCAGCAGUCGCAGAGCAGCUCGUCUGCAGGCGCUGGGGGAUCUCAGACCUCCUCCUCUUCCUCUUCGAGCAGUCUGCCUUCCAACCUCUCCUACACGUCCUACAUCCUCAAACAGACCCCACAGGGCACAUUUCUGGUGGGUCAACCGGCGCAGGGUUCAGGGAAGCAGGGUGUUUCCAGCUCUGCCGGUCACGCAGCAUCAUCUCCAGCGACUGUUACCCAGCAGGCCAUCCGGGUAACAGCUGGACAGAAGGCAGCCAUUCUGGCUCAGGUGGUUGGCAGCUCCCAGGGCGCACAGGUGAAGUUGUCAGACGGCUCAGUUAAGACUGUAACAGCAGCGGCAGCGGGUCAUUUGUCCAAACCGGGGACGACCACAUUGAGGAUGACAGGCGGAGUCAUCACUGCUGCUAGCUCCACCCCCAGCUCUGUCGGCGCUGCAGCAGCGGGCAGCCAACAACAGGCUGCCGAAGGUGGGAAGUCUGCGCCUCAGCACCACUCGCUCCUGGUGGCAGCCAACCAAGCAGCAGUAAUCAGUGCAGCUAAGAGCGCCAGUGCUGCUGCUGCUGCUGCAGCCGCCGCCGCUGCUGCUGCCGCUGGUGGUGGCAGCCUGUCAAAGACAGCCGUGGCCACUUUGGUCAAGGGUGCUGGCAACUCUGCCACAAUGACAAAGAGUGCAGCUGGUUCAACUGGAGCUGUGGUAACAGUUGCCAAAGGCCCUGCUACAUUGCCGGUCAUCGGCAUGUCCAAGGGUGCAGGAGUGGGGACUGUGGUGGGCGUGCCGAAGAGCAGCAGCACGUCAUUGGUCACGGCAACCUCAUUAGUCAGUGGGAUGGCAGCCGGAGGAGGGAAGACUGGUACAACUCUCUCAGGUAUGCUGAAGAUCCAUUCUGGAGGUUCCAGCUCUCAGCAAACGGUUUUAACCAUCCCCGCCAACCAGCUCAAACAGCUGGGGGUUGGCACUGGGUCUGGAGGGAUGCAGACCAUACUCAUGCCUGUUGGGAAAGUGAAGACAGAGCCAGGUGCCAGCACAGCUGUCACAGUGGGUCCAUCUCCGCCGGUGACUGCCCCUGUCCCCACAUCUGUUCAUGUUGCCUCUGCAGCCACCACCGUCAAGCAGGAACAAGGGGCGGAUAACUCAUCGCACGACCUCAUCAACACUGAGCACAUGGAGACCAUGAUGCAGCUGCUGACAGCUGUGGUGAAGAAGUUCCCUCUGAUUGUGGCAGAAAAGACUGAAGACUCCCAUCCAUUCUGCGCCUCUUCAACAGAGCAGUAUUAUUCCUGGAAUAUCGGCAAACGCAGAGCAUCAGAGCUUCAGCGAGCAGUGGCAGUGAAGCGGGUUGUCCAGGACGUGUUGGACCGCUCGCCGCGCCUGCAGGCCCUUACUCCGCCGAAGACCAGAGAGGUGGUGCAGUGGUGCCGGCAGAGGGGUUACACGCCACCUGACCCCGAGCCCCAACGCAAGAAUGAUGACGAAUCCAUCGAGGACAUCCUCACGCAGAUAGAUAAUGAGCCUGAGUGCCCGUCGACCCUAAGUAGCUGCGACGAGCUGGUGUCGCGGCUGGAGCAGAUGCAAGCUCUGCUGAAGACUGAACCCGAGGAGGCAGACGACGAGAUAGUCGACAUCGUCACCAUGGUUCCACCCUGCCAGAAACUAAAGGUCAAAGAAGAGGAGCAAGAAGCAGACGCAGAGCCCAAGUUCUUCCUUGGCCCCUGCGUGUCCGCCCAGUUUGUCAGUGAUGCAGCUCAGCAGAUCGGAGUAAACUUCCAGCCGAUCGAGGUGGAGAAGAACGUGUUCGCUCCGUUAGUCGAAACCAUGAUUCUGAAGGCGACAGAACAGUUUGCCAGUGACGUCCUGAGAGAAGCUCUGGCUGGAGCCUCCGCCAAAUCCCCUCCGAACAGGGCUCCCAGAGAGAUCACAGCCAUGAACAUCCACCAAGCGGUCAGUAGCAUCCCCACCUGUGACUUCCUCACCAGCACACACAUGGGUUACCUGUCUAAGGACAACUGACUGACACUGACUGGUCACUGACGCCGGCACAGAUGUGAGGACUGCUUACGACAGAGCGGCUCGACACGUUGAUCUCACAGCUCCACUGUGAAUAUUCACACCUGGAUGUGGUCCUGUUGCCUCAGGUUGUGCUGUAAUAACUAACGUAGUUUAUUCCUUAACUUGAUCAGAGAAGGGCUCAGUUUGCUUCUCACAGAGGCAGAAUAACCAACGUCUCAAAUACUGCGGGUAUACUGUAACGUUUCAGUCCCAAUGUGUGGAGGGAAGCAGCCUUCUGGGAAUCAUGUCAUUUGAUUUUGAGGCUGAAGGGCUCUUGCUUACCUCAAAGCAGGAUUAUUUUUAAUGCUGAGUUGUUUCCUGCCAGUCAUUGGGGAAAUGAAGCCUGAGUGACGUACAGGGCUGAAUAACAGCAUCAGACAGCUGUCCCCGCCUUCAUUCUUCAUCCGGCUGUCAUGGCCCCUGGACUGGGAACAAGAUUCAUUUUACCAGCAGACGUGAACCACAGAUUUACAGCGAGUUGGAAACACUAAUGAACACCUGAGUGUCGGCUCUCUCUGUCACUCUGAUAGUAAUGUCUGGAGUGUGGCAAAGCAAACGGAGAGAUCCUUCCAAAAAGGGCCAUUACCAUGGCAACCAUUUAUCCAUCGAACAUCUUUCAGUGUUACCUGGCUGAGGUACAUACACACACAUGAGGAAGACAACCAUGCAGGAAGUGACUGUUCUCUGAGGGAGAAGAAAUUCACGUUUCACAUUUCUAAAACCUAGUUCUCAUGUCAGGUUAUAUUCUAAUGAACAAAUCAUUAUGAAUUCAACACACCAGUAUUUAUCUUCUGUUUACCAUGAACCAGCUUUCAUAGUCUGUUGACGUGCUUUUAAGUGUUAAACAACCACGAUACGUUUGUCAUGUAAUGUGCACACUGUAUGUCUUCAAAUCUUCUUUUAUUUUUGUAUCUAAUAUCAGCACCUGCAAUCAGCAAUGCCCUAACUGUGUGUGUGCGCGAGCGUGCGUGUUCUAGUUAUUACUCAUGUUGUGGGGACCAAAAUCUGUUUACACAGUCACACUAUGGGGAUUUGUCUUUCUGGACAAAAGGAAAAUAUCCAUAAAAUCAAUCAUUGAAUUUUAAGAUGAAGACAUGUUUUAAUGUUAGAGUAAGGUCUGGUUCAGGUUAAGCAAGUUCUAGUUCUAGUUAAGGUUACAGUAGGUCUCCACGAAAUGAGUUGAAGUCAAUGUAAUGUCCUCUGAAGUAGUGGAAACCUGUGUGUAUGUCUGUGUGUGUGUGAGAAUUAAUGAAUAUGACAGUACUUGAGGCUCGUGUGUGUUUUGUUGGCUGAUAUUCUGCUGGUAAUUCUGUUUAAUGUGGAGCUUUUGCAUUUUGUUAAUGUGUUUGGGCCGAGUGGUUGAGAUGCCUUUUAAACCACAUUAGUGUAGAAAAUAAUCCAAACACUGUAUUUUCAUGUUGCAAACCAAAAAACAUAAUCAAUAUUCUUGUAAUAAACGGAGAAAAACUA